UGACUCACCCUUUGGCUAAUUAGUAACUCGUCAUGAAGCAACCACUGAAGGAUUCUUUAUAAACACAUUGGUCAGUCAUUCUUAAAUUUCACUCGAAAUUAACUUCAAUAAAAGGCCACUUGCAAAGAGAAGAGCAAGGAGGAAAAAAAAAACAAAAAAACAUGCAUACCAUUAUGGGUGCCUUCAUUCUUCUGUUCCACAUGAACCUGGCUAACUCUAACCGUGUCUAUGUUCAUCCAUUCAAACUUUUUUCCCUUGGAAAUAUAAGCUGUGAGAAUCCAGGACUGCAGAACAAGAUACUCCCCGACAAUAAUCUUGUUGUUCCCAACCCUAUCACAUUUCCACAUAACGUCACAGAAGAAGCAGGCCAACCACAGAAAGACUCUGAGGUGAGUGGACAAAAUCUAACCCAAAACAGUGUUUUGGCAGGUCUACAAAAUGAGCUUGGACUACGAAUGUACCAUGAAUUAAGGAAACAGAACGCGUCUGGAAACAUUUUGCUUUCACCAAUUAACAUAUUUGGAACUCUGGUAACACUGUACCUGGGUGCUGCCAAGCAAACAGCUGCUGAUCUUCAACGCUUGAUAGGAAUAGUAGAGGAAACUGAUAAUGAAAACUGUACCUCACCAAUAGAUGGACAGAAAAUACUUCAUGCCCUUCAAACUAUCAACGCUCCAGUUGGACAAUCCAGCGAUGAGCUUUCUACAGCAGCUUGGCUUUUUUUGAAUAAAGGCAUACAUUUGCAAAAAGGUUUUGUUGAAAGAACUCAUGACUUUGCUGACCAUACAUACCUAAAGGAAGUUGACUUCUCAGAUCCACUGAGUGCUGAAAACUUUGUGAAUUCCUUUGUGGAGGUCACUUCUUCCAAGAAAGUCAAAAGUCUCUUUAAAGGAAUCGAUCCGACAACUGAUCUACUGUUUGCAAGCAAUUUUCAUCUCAAAGGUCGGUGGGGAAAAGGAUUUGACAUCCAGCAAACCAAAAUUCAAGAUUUCUCACAAACUGACAAAAGCAGUAUUCUUAUACCACUAAUGUCACAGACUGGUAACUUCUAUUAUAUCAAUGAUAAAAUGCACCGCUGCUCGGUGGUGAAACUUCCAUUGAACAAUAAUUCUUUCCUGAUGUUAAUAUACCCAAAUAAUGACAAAGAUCUUCAUCAUAUUGAAAAUCAUCUGAAAACACAUGUCAUUUACAACUGGCAAAAGUAUUCAAAGAAGAGAUGUUUAACUAUUUCUUUGCCAAAGUUCUCUAUGACAGCCACUUCUGAUCUUAAAGAAAUUCUUAAGAAGAUGAACCUCCCACAGCUGAUUGACAAAAAUGCGGACUUCACAAGACUGAGCAAUAAGGAAAAUCUAACAGUGGACAAGGUAUUGAACACAGUUGUGUUUGAAGUAUCUGAACAAGGAUCACAGAAACAUGACGACUGUCAAGACAACAGCCAUGCUCCUUUCCAAAUGAAAAUUGACAAACCAUUCCUUUUUAUUGUGGUUGAAAGUCUCUCUAAUGCAAUACUUAUGCUUGGCAGAAUAACACAUCCUGAAUAUCAUUAA